AUGACAUUAUUUGCUGUGCUAUUAAAGUGUCACAAUGCGGAUGGUACAUUCGAUUUGUUUGAAGAAAUCAUGAAUGUUUAUGUCGAUCCUUAUAAUGGACAAUCGGCACAAAUAUUAUCUUCACUUUUAAGUAAAUCAAAUGAUUAUGAAUUUCCUGUAGAACAAUACUUAGAUGAUUAUGAAAACGAUGAUGAUACACCACAUUUUCUCGAUGAGAUCGAUAUUACGACCGAUGCAAUAAUUCACCAAUCGCCGUUUAAUGUCAAAGCAUGUGAUCGAAUACCAAGUCUCAAAGAACUGAUUCAUAAAGAACCUUUGGAGAUAAAACCAACUAAUCCACUUUUUGCAACCAAGAUUGUACAGCUGUUUUAUAAAUGGUUUGCUUAUCUUCCUUUAUGGUCAGGUCAUAAUCAUUAUCCAAGCGGAGUAAUAGAAGUUUUACAUAAUAUGCAACCUUUAUAUUGGCCAAAUACAGUUCAACUAACAUUAAGUAUUCAACAACCUAGUGAACUUACUCUUCUUUUAAAACGUGGCGCUCUACCUGCAACCGAGCACUUAAAUGUAACUAAUGAGGAAAUGCGUACUGCUCUACCACUAUAUCGAUAUAAACCAAUAUCCAAUAUUCAACUUUGUGAACAUGAGCUACGCAAAGUAGCUGAUGGUACUCGAUUACGAUCUUUAGUCCUUCGUUAUAUCAAUCUUAAGGAUGCUGUUAUACUGAUGGACUCGUUAACUAUGCCUUUACUUGAAAAAUUGAUAUUUGUUGAUUUGUAUGAUCGUACACUGGAUCAUGUUGGCAAAUUUCAGGAAUUUUGUAGUUCUACAUAUUUACCUGCUUUGAAGGAUCUUCACUUUUCGUUUUGUUUUCCUCAAGAAAUGGAACACGGAUGGCAAAUGAGUUCUUUCAGUUGUAAUGGCAAAUGGCCUUUUGAUAAUCUUGGCUGUUAUUUAGAUGACAGUUGGAUUUCUGUUGAUGGUGAUUUAAAUUCUGUAACGGACCCGCUAUUUGUAGUCUAUAAACGCCCGAUAAACGUAUUGUUACAACACAAACGAACCUUACAUAAUCAUCGUUUAGUAGAACAUGCAAUCAUUCCGAUCGUUACCAAUGGAUGA